AUGGCCGGCCCAGCUCGGCCUGCUUCGUCCGCCGCGGCGAAGCGAUCGGGUUUGCGCCAACCAACUCGGCGAACAACAUCUGCGGUGCCAGAGCGACGUGGUUCGACAGCAGUAUCUUCGCGGCCAUCUGUGGCUUCGGCCGUUCCUGCCUCCUCCACACGGCCUAGCCCUGAUCUACCACAGUCUCAACCCAAGCGGAAAGAGCCUAACUAUGAGCGCGAGAUCAACGAAGACACAAGCAUCCACGUGGUCGUGCGCUGCCGUGGUCGCAAUGACCGGGAGAUCAAGGAAAAUAGUGGUGUAACUUACGCGUUCGACAGAGUCUUCUCGCCUGCGGCAGACCAGACUACUGUAUUCAACGAAUCAGUUCUUCCCGUUGUCAAUGAGAUGCUCGCUGGAUACAAUUGCACCAUUUUCGCAUACGGACAGACUGGAACAGGAAAAACAUACACAAUGUCAGGGGACAUGACCGACACAUUGGGAAUUCUAUCUGAUGACGCCGGUAUUAUUCCACGUACCUUGUAUUCGCUGUUCAACAAACUCGAAGACACCGAAAGCACAGUCAAGUGCUCAUUCAUUGAGCUGUAUAACGAGGAGCUACGUGAUUUACUUGCAUAUGACGACAGUACAAAGUUGAAGAUCUUUGAGAAUGAAAGGAAGGGUCAUCCGGCGACCGUGGUCCAAGGAAUGGAGGAAACAUAUAUCGACUCCGCCUCUAACGGCAUCCGGCUAUUACAGACAGGUAGUCACAAGCGUCAGGUAGCGGCAACAAAGUGCAACGACCUCAGUUCCCGCAGCCACACCAUCUUCACCAUUACCGUUCUCACGAAACGGACGACCGAUUCGGGAGAGGAGUACAUCAGCUCCGGCAAACUCAACCUGGUGGACUUAGCCGGCAGCGAAAACAUUGGUCGAAGCGGAGCCGAGAAUAAGCGUGCUGCUGAGGCAGGCCUAAUCAACAAAAGUCUGCUUACACUCGGCCGGGUCAUCAAUGCGCUUGUUGACAAGAGCUCCCACAUUCCAUAUCGAGAGUCCAAGCUCACCAGGCUCUUGCAAGACUCCCUCGGUGGUCGGACAAAGACUUGUAUUAUCGCCACCGUUUCCCCCGCCAAAAGCAAUCUGGAGGAAACCAUCUCAACCCUGGAUUAUGCUUUCCGUGCCAAGAAUAUCCGAAAUAAGCCCCAGAUCAACUCUCUUAUCUUAAAGAACAAGAUGCUGCGAGAUAUUGGUAUGGAAAUCGAAAAACUCAAGAGUGAUCUGAUUGCAACGCGUCACCGUAAUGGUGUCUACAUGGCACCCGAUGCUUAUGAGCAGUUGACCACGGAGAGUGAAUCGCGCAGGAUCGUCAACGAAGAGCAACGCGCAAAGAUUGAAUCCAUGGAGGCGAACCUUCGUCAUAAGGUUCAGGAGCUUUUCACUCUUACCGGAAACUUCAAUUCUCUGAAGCAGGACAAUGAACAAACACAAGGCAAAUUGGAUACAACGCGCAUGGCUUUGGACGAGACGGAACGAAAUUUAAAGAAUACUUCUGAGAGGCUCGACGAGGAGACUAUUGUGCGCAAAGCGCAUCAAGACACAGAAGCUAAAUUGCGUGAUAUGGGAGCUAGUCUGCUUUCUACCUUGAAUGGGACGGUCAAAGAUGUCCGUGAUCUGCAUGCCAAGAUCGAGGUAAAGGAUAACCUCGAGAACACCAAUCUCCAGUCGUGGGAAAGCUCCACCGAGAAGGUGGACAGUACCUAUAAGACGGUUGAUGAACACUUGGAAGCUUUCAAAAAGGCCAAUGCCGCAACGGUGAAUGAAUCGUGGCAGAAAAUGAAUGAUUUCAUUCGCAACGAGCUCGAGACCGCUCAACAAGUCACGUCUCAGAUUGAGAUGUAUAGUUCGUCAUUCGAGAAUGUUGAAGCCGACGCGAGAGCUCAGGCAUCGACCGCGCACACGGAGAUGAACGAGAUUCUUGAGGAGAUCAAAGUGCUUCGUGAGGAUGUGAAGACCAAGGUCGGCGAGGGACUCCAAGGGCUCUCUGUGGCCGCAGGUCGUAUCUCCGAGGAGGUCAUCAGUGAAUUAAACGAAUGCCGCUCUCAGCUGCAUUCAUCUUACAGUAACCUGGGCAAGGACUUCAGAUCUAUGUUUGAAAGCAUGGCCAAACACAUGGACGAGCAAAAAUCCGAAAUCAACCGACUGCGCACUGAGCUGCAACAGGCUAAUCGGGAGUCGGUGGAGUCCAGCCGUAAGGCUUCUUCUAGCCUUGCCCAAUUAAUAGAAGAAGAACAAAACACUGCCCAGGCUGAGCGUGAAAACCUCCUGUCUCAAGUUCGUGCUCUGCUCGAGGACUCUAACCAGCGCCAAACUAUUCGCCUCAAGAACAAGGUUGACUGUCUCCGCACGGACAUCUCUUCAUCUGGAGAUUCUUUGGAGCAAGCCACAGCAAAGUACGACCGACAAGUCGACGAAUGGAUUUUCAAAGAAGAACAGUUUGCGAAGGAUGUGGUUGCAUCUAAAGAUGGGAUUAAAACCAAGUUGCAGAACGACUGGGAGGAUUACGAUAAGCGCAAUGCUUCCAUCACCAAAACGACUGAAUCCGUUCAUCAAGAGACGGUGCGCAUUGUUGAUGCUCAGAUGAACGACAUGGGUAGCCAAAUGGAGGCAUUGGAUGACUUUGUCACCAAGGCUCGUUCUUACAAUAGUUCGUUCCAUGAUGCCCAGCUGGGUAGCCUGGAUACCAUCUCUUUGAACGUACAAGAUUCCCGUUCAGCCAUCCAGACUCAGCUGGAGGCAUUUGGGGGGCGAAUGGACGGAUUGCAGGUGGAGGUUGACACUACAUUCGGUAGACUCGGCAAGGAAGGUGGGAAAUUGCAAGAGCAAAUCCGCCAGCCACUCCAAGAGCUUUCAAGCCACGUGCACAGCCAUCCCAUGCAGAAGUACAGCCCGACUGGAAAUUCUCCAAAGAAGAGGAAGUACGUGUAUCCCACUACCUUACCACGCACUGAGUCGCACGAGAGCCUCCGGAAGAGACAUCGAACUUCGAAGCAAUUCACCGCCCUGCCUUUCAGCGAAGAAGAGGCUCAGCCUGUCUCGGCUACCGGGCCCUCCUCGCCCGCGUCAUCUCCAUCAAAGCAAUUUGUGUUUAGUGAUGCUGCGGAAGAGGUAGAUAUUAGCCCAUCCUCAGCCGCAAAGCCCCCUUCCAACGCUGGCCUUAGGGAAGUCGACUUGAACGUUGCAAACCCAUCCACCAGUGAGGAGGCUGCCGGCGAUGAGGCUCUUUCUCAGCCUUUUGAGCUGGAUGAAACUCCUGGAACCGCUUCCAGGGAUGAGGGUGAGCGACGGUCGCUCAAGCGCCGUCGCUCAUCCAUCGACGCAGACAGUGCCGAGACAAAGCAUCCAAGCAAGAUGCCUUCGAAAAAAGUCGCCAGCAUGAUGGGGGGUCGCGAGAACGUCCCCCCAUCCGCCAUCCCUGGAGGUGGCCGUUACAACCGAACUCGUUCUGCGAACUAG